GCAAAAUCACAUCAAUAAUCGGAUUUAUACAUUCCGGUUUCUGACUUUACUGGACAACGAGGGUGGCAAUGACUGAACACAACCCAACCAAGAGAAUCACGACACCUGCUUACAUGAUUAUUUUUUUACUACUUUACUCCCUUUUAUUUAUUAUUUGUGCUGGCCGGACUUAAACGUGGGCUUCAAGUUGAGACCGGCACAGAGAUUCGUGAUUAAUAACACAUGACAUAAAUAUUCUCAUGGAUAUUUAUCAUGCUGCACCUUCUAAUGUGAUUGGUUGAUAUCACCCACGUGACUCCGUAAGAGCGAAACUCCACUUAUUUGGCUAACAGUACUACAGUCGGACGCCCUCCCUCUCCAGCUUUGUCCCAUCCGGCUCUCUCGCUCCUCCCCCACCAUCGAGGGCAGGCGUAGGCCGCACAGCAGACAUUUGGACUGGAGUCAUUCUCCUCCAUCGUAGACAUUUUGAAGUCAUCUUCCAACAUGACAAGGGUACAUCAGGUUGUAGUUCUUGCAUUCAUCGUGUUCGGGAUUUUCACCACUGCGACGGUGAGCGACAGUCUCACCUAUAAGAAGGGAGCCCAACCCGUCUACCAGCAGCAAAUCAUCAUCAACUCACUGGAUGAGCUCUCGUACCCCAGGGCCACCUUCGACUUCACCAAGGUCGGAGAAAUUGUUGCCGAUGAACUGCAGAACACGACUCGCUGGCUGGCUCAGAUGGAAACAAACAUCGCUGGCAAAGUGCACGCCUUGUCGGCAGAGUUGUAUGCUGUCAAAAUGCAGCUGGACCAGAUUACGGAAUCAGUCAAAGAGCUUGUUGAACUCCUGAAAAACACAACGGUUACCCCUCCUACAUCACCGGUUACCCCUCCCACACCCUUCAAGGACUGCUCUGAAGCCUUUGCAAGUGGUGUGACUACCAGCGGUGUGUAUACGGUUAAACCUUUGGAUAAUGAAGGUCCAUUCAGAGUGUACUGCGAUAUGGAGACAGACGGUGGUGGAUGGACGGUGUUCCAGCGGCGUCAAGAUGGCUCCGUUGAUUUCUACCGUGACUGGGAGAGUUACCGCCAGGGUUUCGGUAGUCUAGACGGUGAGUUCUGGCUCGGCAAUGACAACCUGCAUCGACUCACUGCUCAGGGCGCGUACCGACUGCGCGUCGAUCUCGAGGAUUUCGAAGGCAACACUGCCUAUGCCAAGUAUGACACGUUUCGUGUUGCUGAUGGGAGUGAUGACUACCGGUUGACGGUAGGAGGUUACUCAGGAACGGCUAGUGAUUCAUUUUCUGUUCACUCGAACUAUCCCUUUACCACCAAAGACCGCAAUAACGAAUCCAAUUCUCACAACUGUGCCGUACGGUACACCGGAGCCUGGUGGUACUGCUCGUGUCACGACACAAAUCUGAACGGCCUGUACCUUCGUGGGCAGACAGAUCAGUACGCCAAAGGUGUCGUCUGGCAACAUUGGAAAGGGGAUUACUACUCACUGAAACGUACCGAGAUGAAAAUUAAAUUAGCAACUCGUUAGCUCGAUGAAGUUAGUUCUUACUGAUGUCAGAGGUAGAAGACAGUAAGUGAUAUAGGCCUAGUUUGUCGAUAACACCUUGUAAAAUAUCUCUUUUGUGAGUUUGUGUGGUUCUGAAAAGGGCCGGAGGCUAAUACUUUCCGGACAGAAUCCACAGUCUGGGGACUCACGACUUUUUCUUCUUUCUGUCACCUCUUCUUCGACUUUUUCUGUUUUGAUGAAUACAUUUUGAAGGGAGGAAUGAUAACUUACAAUAUGUCUCGCUCGUAUAUUCGUGUUCAUCUGCAUUAAAGGCUGCCCCGUCCACGCGCCCCCGGUUUUGUAAAAGUAUGAUCCUCCACUGUCAGUGAAGAGGUUUAUUUUCCUAAUCGUCUUCAUCCCCUGGUCGAAAGUUCAACGUUGUGGUGCUUCCACAGAAAAUAUUUUCGCGUUAAAAAAAACAUUUCCUGUUUAUGGGCCUGCCCAUUUCUGGACUGUAAUGUGGUCAACAGUUAAGUACACACGUUUCUUGGCAUGCUCUGUGGCACAUAACUGGUGGGACAAGUGCGUUUAUCUUGGAACCUUGCAAAUUAGAAAAGACGUUUGUUCUGCUGCAAAAAGGGCAAAACAUCUCAUUUAUUCCGAAAUAAUCAAAUCAAAUCUCUUGUCAAUUUUGGUCAGUUUUAACUCAUUUUUGCCGCGUUGAAGGAGAUGAGAUCGGUUUCUGGUUGGAAGGUUUCGUUAUUUCAGGUUGGUUACCCGUAUGAAUGAUCCGAUAAACUGUUAUUCUGAAUUUCAUGAAUUCGUAAGUUUCAUUUAGAAAUAUUUGCACCCAGGGGGGGGGAACUAAGGUGCGUUUGUUGUAUUAUAUUGGCAAUAAUCUUACAGCGCCACAUUCUAGCUUUAAUCCUGACUUUUUCUCAUUAAAACAUACUGGAUAAAAAUGAAAUCAAGAAACUUGGGCGCCAUUUUUGAAUUCGGUGGACCCACAGCAGUCAAUCACUGACAGCGGUAUGAUCGUGUGUUAUGGCCCCCACAAUCCCUUCUAAUGGCAAUUAAAUUGAUCAGUGGGUGUCCCCCGGUCCCUGCAAAUAAAAAUAAACGCAGAAAAAAGGUUAGAGUAGGGUCAGGAUACCCUUUUUCUUGUCAAGAAGGGGGGCCUCAACGGCCAAGCCACAGUCAACGAGAAGGUUGGAUAAAUGUUUUUAAUUCCCUGAAACUUGGCACAAUGUAGUACAUAUAUUGUUACGUAGACAACACAGUCAAAAUGAGUCAUUUCGUUUAAUGAGUGGUACAUGCGGUGCCUAUGCGUAGAGAGCCAGGUGUUCUUUCCCUUUGAAAAGAACAGUUUCCAGGGCAAAGAAAAAUCAGUAAAUUUGCCGUGAAGUACCAGUGUAGCACAGUGGAUUCACAAAACAAACAAAAACAGUCACCGAGUGGUGAAGUCAUUGCGGUUUCUCUUUUUUUUUCUGUGUUUGUUGAAUUUCGCCGACCCGCUAUUUUUAGCUGCGUUUAGUAUUACCCAUUUAUUCAGAAUCCUAUAACUGCACGCAGACAACGGCACCCGUCAAAGGGUUUGGAAUUUGCAACGAUGGUAAACAAAAGAACAGAGCAAAACAGCAGCAUUCUGCGUGGAAAUACUGAAAAAUUUACCUUGGUUGUUAUUUACUUGUUUUCCGUAAGAGUUAUUCGGCAGUUCUGUUAUUGGGAUUUAACAAAUGGUGUCACCUAUAAGAAGUAGAUGUAUAACCUCAUUAUAUAAGAUUAAAAGAUUGUUAAAUUUAUGCAAGUGAUUUAUUUGAGGGAGAUGGAGCAGCAACACGUGCAAAGUACAUCACAUCAUGCAGAGUUUGUGUGAGAGAUGAUUGCAAACCGAAUGGAGUGUUCAGUCGAGUCCUUGCACAGAGCUGUAAUGGAUUUCAUAUUGCUUUCACAUUUACUAUUAAUUACUCUUGUAAACUAUUGCCAUCUUGUGAAGCAUUAAGUUAUGCCGGUUAAGUCUUGUAUGAUUUUACCCAGGCUAAAAUAGCCAGGCGAUUCUUCGACCCAUCUCACAGCCAGGGGACGGAAUCCACCCCCCCUCAUACGAGAUACUAUCUCGCCGCGGCGAGUUACAAUCUCGCUGCGGUGAGUUAGCUAAAACUAGCUCAACUUGCUGUAUAUUAAGACUCAGUCUGGAUACCAGACCCAAUGAUUCCGAGUACCCUUCUAACCAAGGAUCAUGUAUCAUCCAAUGUCCACGUAACCAAUAUUCCUCCAGGUUUCCCGGAAUAGUUGCUCUAUUCUGAACCUAUCCUGUCCAUAUUAAAUUCAGUUUAAUGUCAACACUUUUGUAAUGUUCCUUUAAACUGUAAAAAUUAUUACAAAGAUUAAAAUGAAUGAAAUUGGUAGCCAAAUACGUAAAGGGAGAAGAUGAAGACCUUUCGGGGGACAUCAGUAAUGUUUGGGCAUCUGUGAUUCCUCUCUUCCUUAUAAAUGACGGUAAAUGCAAAACAGAAAACUUCAAGUUGCAUUCUGUCUAGGGUAACCUACAAUAUGAUAUUCAAUUUGGGAAGUACAUUCCCCAAAUCCCGUUCUAAAAAGGAGAAAUGUCACAGCGGAACGAUAGGCCUACGGCGCUUCAUUCAGGGUAUGUAAACUUUCGACCUCAAUUGUGUAAGCGGGAGUUCAACUACAUUACCUCUGUGCUGCCGUCUGCUUUAUUUGCUUUUAGCCAUGCUAUACAUAAAACGCUGUAAAUUCCAGGUACACGCAAUUUGUCAUGUACCAUGCGCCAUGUAUAAGGAGCCUGUACCAUUCGGUUUAUAUGGAUUUCAAUAGUCAUACAUUAAAUUAAAUUCGUGACAUAUUAAAUUCCUUUAAAAAUGGCAACAUGCCUUCUGGGGGAUAUCAAAUUACCUCUCCCCUCCCACUGGAUGCAGCAUAGUAGCCAAAUCUUUAAAAUUAACACAGGCGGUUCUGUAAAGGGGUACACAGAAAUGCAGGUCCUUCUACAGAAAGUGGUACAGCCCCAUUCUUUGCAUUUGUGUGUAUGUUGGUACGCUAGACUGAGUUUUCUAAUUAUAGUAUGCUAUAAAAGCAAACCCAGCCACAGGUCACCGUCAAGGGAUCGAAGGGCUGAAUCACCGGAAUCAGGCGAGACUGUCAGGCUUGUAUCCCUCUUUGCUCUGUACCACUUCAGAUCAAGGGAAACAGCGCAUAUUGUGGUCUUUCCGUCAGAUGUUGAAGCAGAGCAUUCUAGGAAAAAGAGUACGAGUGAGUAAACCUUGAUAUUCUCUUACAGUGAAUGCGGCCAAAGUCCUUAAUCUGAAAGGUAUAAACUAGAACGCAGACAAUGGGAAAUCACCAAUCCAACACUUGCCUUCCGCUUGAUGAAACCUCCGUGUAUGCUAAGUUCGAAGACGACUGGUUUGCUCUGGGCGUUUCAUGGCGGGCCUAUAAGGGCACCUUUCAUUGUAGCAGAGAGGUGGAGGGAAAUCGGUGCGUGGUGAAGGUGUACAAAGAACAAUGGUACGAAAGGCUGGGAGAGGAAGCCUACAGAGCUGAUUUACGGGCCUCAUACAGAGCCGUCGAGAUGGCGAACAUUUUCAACCGAACGCACCCAACCAACAAGCCGAUCACAUUCGUCAUGCCAAGAAUCUCCAAAAUCAGCAAAUGCACCAGUUUCAACUUCCUUGGAUUUAUUUCCAUUCCUAAGAACGUGUAGGGGAAGUUGGCAGGAACCCAGGCUCCUGCCUCGGAUAUGAUUCCCAAGGGUGCUACUGUGGCGAUCGAGGAUUACCUGGAGGGCGAAUACGUCAAGUUCCUGAGCAACUCGUCCUACGUGAACCCCGAUGUAGCCGCUUUCUCCCCGUCUGCGUUCAGUCACUUCACCUUUCAUGAAUCUCGCGGGCAGAUCCUGGUGUGUGAUCUGCAAGGCGUGCGUCGCUCAAACGGCUAUCUGUUAACUGACCCAGCUGUCCACAGUCUGAGGCAGGGUGGUGGCAUUGGUUUUUAUGGCCCCACAGACCUAGGGAUCUUCAGCAUGGUCAAGUUCUUUCAAAAUCACCAGUGCAACUCCAUAUGCGAAUGGUUUGUGACGCCAGAUGUGUCGAACAUUCCACCAGAUGUGGCAGCAGACGUCACCCGCAUUCUGCAGUCCAUACGGAUCAAAGGUAGCUCCACGUUCACAUACGAGCUGGAUAAGUCCGGGCUGGGUCGUUCGCGUGUACAACUCGUUGGGAAAGAGUUGGCUUCAUCAAUGACAGUCGGCCGUAAUCGCAGACCUGGAGGUCUUUCGUUUUCGGCAUCGGAGACUCAAGGCGCUGGAGCUUUACUACGGAGAGAAACAAUUUUGGACAUAACGAAAAUGAUUAUAGCUGGAAUCUUCAUUAUUGCUGUUGUGAAAUGGUUAUUCCAAAAAUAAAAUGUUAACAAAAAGGAAUCAACAAAAGGAAAACAAACCGAGGAUGAAAAAUAGAGGGGGGGGGGGCUCAUAGGAUGCUGUAGGCACUGCUAACCUAUAAUGUCGGCUAAGAUUAACACUGCCAAUUAUACACUCUUUAUUGUCCGGUUUGUCCUUUCUCACUCCUCAGCAGUUUCAAAUCGACAUCUAACAAAAUGGGUGAUUUUUUCGAAUCGAAAAAAAGGCUGCCAAAAUAAUCUCUAAUUGCACGUAAAACUUUAGAAAUUCCUUUGACUGUGUACUGUCUUGCUGAACAAGCCAUUUUGCAAAUUAAUCACGUAAACGUUCUUGUCAAGAAAUUUCAAGAAGGGAAACACAAGUGACAAAAUUUGGUAUAAUCUUCCUUUGUGGCCAUGCUGCACGUAGACAUCGAUUUAGUUAAAAUUUAGUUCAAUGCAGAAAUUGUAUGUGCCGCAAUGUGUUAGUGUUUGAAAGGAGUGUAAGCGGAAUUUCACUUUCAUAACUAAACAUAACUCCCUUCUUUUCUUGGUACUUUCCUGUUUAGAAAUUUGUAUUUAAUGGAGGGUGUAACUUUGUGUAUUAAAUCAAAAGACUGUAUGCUACAAUUGCGAUGUGCUUCGCCCUUAGAAAUGUAUUAAACAGUGCAAAAAUGUAUUUUUCAAGGGUAUAAAGAGACGUUACGUGGCAGAUCACACAAAAGCUAAGGACUCAGGUAGAGACGAAGAAAGAACAUGUUAUGACCAAAAAUAAACUCGCGUCAAGUCAAGCCGACUGAAUGUCGGCUUUGUGGUGUAUAAAGGACGGGGAAUUCUCCGUUCAAUCCCCCACGUGAAUACAAUCAUGUGAAAUGAAGCAAUGAACGAGGGGCAAGGGCUCAACGAGACUAACGUACCGCACAUUUGAGGACGAGAAGUCACUGUUCAAUGACUAAAGUACUUUGGUAUAUUAUGGAACUGAGUCCUAAGAGUUUUAGUGUGAUUGUGUAUUCAAGGUUUACAUACACUUUGGACCGUGUUUAUUUACAAUUGUUAAACCGUACCAAUUUGCUGCGACCAUUUUAAUGACCAACCAUUACCUCAACUCAUGGCAAGCCCAGAAAAAAGUUUAAGGCAGAUAAGUAGCUAUUGUCCACAACCGAUACCGCGAAGAUUAAUUGGGCUCUUGUCUCAGUUUCAAGCAUUACAUUUCUUGCCAGCUUUGGUCAUGUGAGACACUCACAUUUUAGAACAUAUUUCAUGAUUUGAGGAUUGCUGCAUUCCACAGGGCAUUGAUUUGUUUCCCUCAAUUUGUUUCUCAGCUUAGGUAUGAAUCACAUUAUUUCUUUGCAUUGCCGAUUUAUUGGAAGUAAUUACAGAACUCCCAUACUGAUUCCUAAUUGUUUAUUGAGUCCUGCUUAAUGAUUCUGUUGUGCACGUUUCAACACUAUUUGGUGUGUUUUGAGAUGUGGUGGAGAUGAUCGGAAUUAAUUCAAGUUCUUUGGUGCCUUGAAUUGUACACGAACGUGCGAUCAUUCUGCCUUCCUGAAGAUAUCCCCAGCCUAGUUUUGAAAUAAUUGAGAAGGCAUGUUUCUUGGUAAGUAACAAAUCUGGUAGCUUUUACAUUGUCUUGUAUGCAUCGAAACAGUCCCCAGAUACUUACACAAAUACUUCCUCAUAUCACAAAGAUUGUAAAUGCAUCUUUAUCAGAGGCUUACGUUCCGGCUUCUCUAAAGACCACAUAUUUGCCCAUUUUAAGAAGUCUAGUUUUGACUCUAAACAAUUACGCAGCUAUCGCCCUAUAUCGAAUGUGCCUUUUUGUCGAAGAUUAUUGAAAAAAUUAUGGUUGAUCAACUGGAUGAACUUGUUGAUGAUUGUGAUUCAAUUGAAGUGUAUAUUAGUGUGCGUACAAACCAUUACAUUCCUCAGAAACUGCCUUCAUGAGAUUUCAAUUGGAUUUACUAAGUGAAUUAGACAAUGGGUUCAUUGUCAUAUCCCUGAUGAAGAAGAAGAAGUCUGAAGUAUAAUUGAAUAUAGAUAUAUGUAAAUAAGAAAAAUACCAGUUUUAAUAGUCUGUGCAAUGCAGUCACUUUAAUAAAAACCUACAAAACGCA